AUGCAAAGUACUAUUCGAGAGCAUAAGGAUAAUUGUGGCGGCAUAUUCAAGCGCUACAUGAUUCUGAAGGUAUCUCGAAUUCGAAACCAGCGUUUAUGGGAGCGCUAUCUCCAUCGCUGUCAGGAAGUUGCUGAAGACAAUUCAGGCCAUUGCAAUGAACGCUUUCUUUUCCACGGUUCUCCUUUUCUUCAAGCCAUAGUGAUGAAAGGUUUUGAUGAACGUCAUGCUUACAUUGGAGGGAUGUUUGGGGCCGGUAUAUAUUUUGCUGAAAAUUCAUCAAAGUCAAAUCAGCAACUUUUCUGA